GCCAUCUCUAUACCUCUUUUUUUUUCUCCGUUCGAAUUCGAUUUCGCAUCGCAUCGCAUCGCAUAUCUCACUCCUCUCUCUCCAUCGGAAAUGCUCUCGUCGCUGCUGCGUUGCAGGGACCCACAUUCAACUCAAUUAAAUCACUGCUGGUUCGAAGACUUGCUUCCCCCCUCAUACCGUCCGUCCGUCCGUCCAUGCUAUCUGGCCGAGUAUAAAAAAGCCAAGCAAGACCCCUCUCCUGCGAUCCAAUUGCCACCAUUUUUACUUCCCUCUCUUCUUUUCUUCUUUCCUCUGCAUAUCUGCGCCUGUUUGCUCUAUCAGGCACAUCCCAUCCCCCCUCUCUCCCGUUUGAGAUCGAAAUCCAUCACCAAACAGCCUCCCCUCCUUUGCACCCUCAGCACCCUCUCGCACUCUCACCCUCUCACCCUCUCACCCUCUCACACACUCCCACUCACUCGCACUCGCACCCACACCCACACAUUCACAUCAUCACACAUCCAUCCCACUUUUGCAAACAUGACUCUCUUUCACAGCCUGCCGAGAAUCACAACUACACAGCUUGCCAACUCCGGACAUCUGUAUCGCUCCCAACCAUACUCGGCCUCCUCUCCAUCCUCAGCACGCCCAACACUGAACCCGCCCUACUACUCUGCACCGCCAACCUCCAAUCCAUCCUCGUCCUUUUCCUCGGUCGCUCCCCGGACAGCCUCAGCCACCAGCAUGCCCAUGGGAUCCAAGAAGGUCAAAGAGGAGCCUACUUAAACCCAAACAUGUCAACAAACAUCUUCAAUAUCAUCAUCAUUCGGUGCGACCUUCCAU